UCUCAGGUUCAAAAUGCAAGAACAGGAUUGGAUGUACAUCGUCGGAGAUGGGAUCCAAAAGUCAUUACGAUCUGCCUAUCUAUGUAUUGUAAAUCUCCUAAGGCUUAUAGCGACUUCAAAGGAAGUGGCGUCCUUGUCCUACCAUCCCAGCGCCUUCUUCAAUAUUACAAGAAUUCUGUCAAGCAGUCUCCAGGAAUUAAUGAGGAGCAUCUUACCUGGAUGGAAGAAGAAGCCAAGAAGAAUGGAAUAGAGGGUUUUGGUCGUCAUGGUGGUUUGCUCCUGGACGAAAUGCAAAUUCAAGAUGAUCUGCAGAUUGUCCGUCGUGGGAGUGACUGGUCCCUUGUUGGUGCAGUUGAUGUCGGGCCAUUAUGUAACAACAUAAACAUCCUCAUCAAGAAGAAAAAGAGUGUACAAAUGGCAACACAUGUCCUGCAAUUUGUAUUUCAUGGCUUGUAUGGCUUUAGAUGGCCAGUAGCUUAUUUUGGUACCAACCCAGGGUUGUCACAUCAAAUAUACUUCAACUUUUGGAAGAUUGUAGAGGCCUUGGGUGAUCACGACUUCAUCGUUGAUUAUGUCAUGCUGGAUGGAGCUUCCACUAAUAGGGCAUUUCAGACCAUGCUUCUUGGUACCAAACCAUCACUGUUACGACAAGACCUAUUUCAGACAACGAAUACCUUUGAUCACCACCAAAUAUCCGUGUGUCAAGAUAUAAAACAUGUCUUCAAAAAGCUCAGAAAUGGCCUGGAGUCCAGCAAACUAAACUUCAAGUCUUCAAAAGGACGUUACCUUCUGCUUAACACCGAGCACAUCAUCUGGGAACACUGGGAAGGGGCCUUUAGAUUCAAUGUCCAAAAUGGACUACGGGUACAUUAUAAACUAACCACAGAACAUAUUGAACUAACAGCAGCCAACAAGAUGCGGAAUAAGUUAGCUACAGAUGUACUGGACAAGAACAUGCUGUACCUGAUGCAGUUGUAUCAGAGGUCUCUUCCUGAUGGUGAUUCUCUUAACAGUACUAUUGAGCUAUUGAAGAUUACCAGCCCCCUUGUGGAUUUGUUUCAUGAUACAACACGGCACGUCAAAAGCCUUCAUGACGAGAGACUAACACAUGUCCGACAAGCCUUAAAGUUCUUCAAUGGGUGGGAAGAUCAGAUUACAAGUUCUACUCAACAUCCAAAUCAGAAACACCUCUUAACAAGAGAGACAAGAGAUGACUUUAACUCCUCCUUGGUUGGCUUCAUAUCUGUGUGUGAAAAUCUGAUACCAAAUGGCGCUACCAUUAAUCCAGGCUAUUUCAAUUCAGACUUGGUGGAGAAUUUCUUUUGCCAACAGCGAGGUGUGUGCCAUGGCUUGAACAAUAAUCCAACCCUGUCUCAAUAUGGCCCUGCUGUGAAUGCUGUCUGUAUAGGCCAAAGUACAGUGUCCAACAAAUGUAACAGUGGAUCAAAAUCACACAUGUUUCGAGCUACAACACCUGGGCCUUUACGGCCGUCUAAGAAGAGAAAAAUGUGCUCAAAGACCAACUGACUCAUUUCAAGCUGAAACUUCAUGCUGCAGUUAUGUAUUGUUCUGAUUUCUGCAUGAAUAAAGACAAUUAUUUACAGAAGCUUCAAGGAAAACGUGCAAAUGCCAUCAGGUUGCAAUGUGAACAAAAAACUGUACCAAUUAUGUGACAAGAUCAGACUGGAAAGGAGAAAUUGUGGUAAAAUUCAGCCAAAAACAUGUUCAAAUUGGCAGAUAUUGCCUGACUUUAAAGCUAAAGUUA